AGCGGGCCCGGGCGGAUGUCUCCGGCGCGCCGGUGCGGGGCGCUGAGGGCCGCGGUGGCUGCCGGCGCGGGGCUGAGCGAGGGGCCGGCGGGCUCCGCGCGGAGGGGCCGCCUCCUGCGCGCGCCGAGCCGGCUGCUGCGGCUCCCUGGGGGCGGGGCCGUGCGGGCCGCAAGCCCGGAGCGCGCCGGCUGGACCGAGGCGCUGCGGGCCGCCGUGGCCGAGCUGCGCGCCGGCGCCGUGGUGGCCGUGCCCACCGACACGCUGUACGGCCUGGCCUGCGCGGCGAGCUGCUCGGCGGCGCUGGACGCCGUGUACCGCCUCAAGGGCCGCAGCCACGCCAAGCCGCUGGCCGUCUGCCUGGGCCGCGUGGCCGACGUCUACAGGUACUGCCGCGUGAGCGUCCCCGAGGGACUCCUGAGAGACCUGCUGCCGGGCCCCGUGACCCUGGUGUUGGAGCGCUCGCAGGAGCUCAAUCGGGACCUGAACCCCUGCACUCCUCUUGUCGGCGUCCGCAUCCCGGACCACGCCUUCAUCCAGGAUCUGGCCCAGGUGUUCGGGGAACCACUCGCUCUCACCAGCGCCAACCUCAGCUCCCAGGCCAGUUCUCUGACCGUCGAGGAGUUCCAGGACCUCUGGCCUCAGUUAUCCCUGGUCAUUGACGGGGGACCCAUUGGCGAUGGUCAGAGCCCUGAGUAUCGUCUGGGCUCAACUGUGGUUGACUUGUCUGUACCUGGAAAGUUUGGCAUCAUUCGUCCAGGCUGUGCCUUAGAAAGUACUACAGCCAUCCUCCGACAGAAGUACGGGCUGCUCCCCUCACACGGAUCCGGAUCCUGCUCGUGACCUCAGGAAGAGGGAGGGCCGGAGGACUGGUGCUGGACACUAUGUGUCUGUCCACUGGGGACUGGCAGGGUCUCAUUGACAGAGGCCACUGGGGCUAUAAUGUUACUAGUCUGACUCUUAAAAGCAACUUCUCUUUCUGAACACUGUAGACCAGGCUCUCACGCCUGGUGGGGGAGGUCAUAUUUAUUAUCUUUAUCUGUAAUUUCCUGUAUCAGCCAAAAGCUAACUAGAGACUAUAUUUGAGAACAUUCCUAGGAUGGCCUUGUUGUAAUAAGUUUCUUUUUUUUGGAAACUUUUUGAAAGAUAAUUUGAGGCACAGAUUCAAAGUCCAGUCAGAGCACCCCCUGGGGGGUGGUGGUGGCUUUUAAGGUCCAAAUCCGCCAGAGCACCAGCUGGUGCUGGUAAGAGCCUCCAGUGACCAAAGGCAUAUGUUUGGGUACCUGAAGCUGGAACCAGAGUAGGAUAAAGACUGUUGAGCCGCAGGCCCGACACGAUUUCCUCUGAACUGGAGAGGCGGCGGUAAGGCCUGGCGGAAAGAGUCAUCGCUUCAGACUACGGGUGGGAAGUGAGCUCAGUUAUAACGGUGUGGGGGUGGGGAAGUCCAAAUCAAAGAAUGCUGGAAAACAAAUCUCUACUAUUCUUUCCAGCCAGUGGCUUUUUUUCUUAUUUAUUCAUAAAAUAAAUUAAUGAGUUAUGCCUGCAACA